CGUUCAAAGUACUUUAACUUUGGAUCUGGACCGUCCAUUGUCGCUCCUAUAACUCAAUCUCUAACCACACGCUUCUCUCUCUCUUUCUCGCUCUGUUUCUCUCGCCGUCUCGCGUACGCUCUUGUGGCUCUCUGCAACUUCUCAUAUCUAUUCAGGAUCUGAUCUGAUCAGAUAAAAAGAGAAGAAAGAUGUUUGGGAGGGCACCGAAGAAAAGCGAUAACACCAAAUACUAUGAGAUAUUGGGAGUAUCCAAAAACGCCUCUCAAGAUGAUUUGAAGAAGGCUUACAGAAAAGCUGCUAUCAAGAACCAUCCUGAUAAGGGUGGUGACCCUGAAAAGUUUAAAGAGUUGGCUCAAGCUUAUGAGGUGCUGAGUGACCCGGAGAAGCGUGAGAUUUAUGAUCAGUAUGGCGAGGACGCCCUUAAAGAAGGAAUGGGUGGAGGUGGUGGUGGCCAUGACCCAUUUGACAUCUUCCAAUCCUUCUUUGGUGGCAAUCCUUUUGGUGGUGGUGGAAGCAGCAGAGGCCGAAGACAAAGAAGGGGAGAGGAUGUGAUUCAUCCCCUCAAGGUUUCUUUGGAAGAUCUCUACAAUGGAACAUCCAAAAAGCUUUCUCUUUCACGCAACAUAAUUUGCUUCAAGUGCAAGGGUAAGGGAUCUAAGUCUGGUGCAUCAAUGAAAUGUUCUGGUUGUCAAGGGUCUGGAAUGAAAGUCUCCAUCAGGCACCUUGGUCCUUCCAUGAUCCAACAGAUGCAGCAUCCUUGCAAUGAGUGUAAGGGAACUGGUGAGACCAUCAAUGACAAGGAUCGCUGCCCACAGUGCAAGGGUGAGAAGGUUGUGCAGGAGAAGAAAGUCUUGGAAGUUAUUGUUGAAAAGGGUAUGCAAAACGGACAGAGGAUUACUUUCCCAGGAGAAGCUGACGAAGCACCUGACACAGUCACUGGAGACAUUGUAUUUGUCCUACAACAGAAAGAACAUCCCAAAUUUAAAAGAAAGGGAGAUGACUUGUUUGUAGAGCAUACAUUGACACUUACUGAGGCACUAUGUGGCUUCCAGUUUAUAUUGGCUCACUUAGAUGGCAGACAACUCCUCAUUAAAUCACAACCUGGGGAAGUGGUUAAGCCUGAUCAAUUCAAGGCCAUAAAUGAUGAAGGAAUGCCAAUGUAUCAAAGGCCAUUCAUGAGGGGUAAACUUUACAUUCACUUCACCGUUGAUUUCCCCGAUUCCUUGACCCCUGACCAGUGCAAGGCACUAGAGGGUGUGCUACCUCCAAGGACCUCAGUCCAGCUGACUGACAUGGAGCUGGAUGAGUGCGAGGAAACCACUCUGCAUGAUGUUAACAUUGAGGAAGAGAUGCGUAGGAAACAGGCACAGGCUCAAGAGGCUUAUGAGGAAGAUGAGGACAUGCAUGGUGGUGCCCAGAGGGUACAAUGCGCUCAGCAAUGAUAGAUCUGAUGUCAGUAACAGUGGUUUGGCCGAGGAAAUGGACGGAAUGGUUAACAAAAUUAUUUGAGAACAAGAUUCUCAACAUUGUUGGCGUUUGUUGUCUUUUUUCAGAGUGCAAGUCUUAUUUAAUGGAAUACUUGUUAUGCUUUCAAAACUGAUAACGUAUGGAAAGAAUUAGCUUUGGAACUUUACCUACUUGUUAUUGUACACUACCUUUUGCCUA